UUGGUCUUUAAUUAUCUUAAAGAGAAAUGUCUGGGCUGAAUAGAAAUGCCCUGUGUUUGUUUGUGCCUUUUUGUAGUUAUUUGGCUAACAGGAUUUGCUUGGUCUUUCUUCUCUAGUACUGCGAAUAUAUGCCUGAUGUGACUAAAUGCAGACAAUGGCUAGAAAAGAAUUUUCCAGAUGAGUUUGCAAAACUUACAGUAGAAAAUUCACCUAAACAGGAAGCUGGGGUUGGAGAAGGCCAAGGAACUGCAGGAGAAGAAGAGGAGAAGAAGAAACAAAAGAGAGGUGGAAGAGGUCAGAUAAAACAGAAAAAGAAGACUGUACCACAGAAAGUCACAAUAGCAAAAAUUCCUAGAGCAAAGAAAAAAUAUGUCACAAGAGUAUGUGGCCUGGCAACAUUUGAAAUUGAUCUUAAGGAAGCACAAAGGUUCUUUGCUCAGAAAUUUUCCUGCGGUGCCUCAGUAACAGGAGAAGAUGAAAUCAUUAUUCAGGGGGAUUUUACAGAUGAUAUUAUCGAGGUAAUCCAGGAGAAGUGGCCUGAGGUUGAUGAUGAUAGCAUUGAAGAUCUUGGAGAAGUCAAGAAGUGAUCAUGAAAGACUACGUUAAUUUAACUAUGGUUAUAAACGAUGUAGCCAAAGCGAGGCUUCUAAAUCCAUUUAACCCUCAGUGAAACUGUGGAGAACCCAUCUUCUUGGCAUUUUCACCAUUCUGUAUAGGCUGCUUGUUUUUUUUUUCUUGUUUCUUUUUUUUUUGUGAUAUUUGCCAAAGUUAAAUUGGGUUUUUAUCAUGCUUAUGCAUGAAGUAGAUUUAAAUAAAAUCACUGUUCCUCACUGA